ACGUGGACGAGUGCCGGUCGUCCCCGUGCCACGCCGACGCCGGCUGCUCCAACGGUCCCGGCUCUUUCCGCUGUCAGUGCCGUCCCGGUUUCCAUGGCGACGGCUUCCAGUGUUCCCCGCACGGCCGUCCUGAGCGCCCCCAGAGCCGGUGUGAGCAGCAGCGGGACAGCGUGCAGGGCGCAUUGGAGCCCAGAGGCCCCCGGCCCGUCCUGACCACCACCCAUGUGCCUCAGUGUGACGCCGACGGACAGUACAGACCCCUGCAGUGCCAUCGCUCCACCGGUCAGUGCUGGUGCGUGGACAGUAGGGGGCAGGAGAGAGCGGACACCAGAACGGCACCUGGUACACCUCCCACCAACUGUGACGAAGCAGAAGAGCCAGAGCGUCCCAAAACCCACUGCCAACACCACAGAGACGGAGUCCAGACCACCAGCCCAGAGGGGCACCCCCUUCUGGGUGUUUAUGUUCCUGACUGCGACGAGGCCGGACAGUACAAAACCCAACAGUGCCACGUCUCCACCGGCUACUGCUGGUGCGUGGACAGCCAGGGGCAGGAGCGAGCCAACACCAGGACGUCCCCCCCGGGAAUCUCCCGUCGACUGCAACAAACCCGAUGAGCCGGAGCGUCCCAAGACCAGGUGUGAGCAGCACAGGGAGAGCCUCCAGACCACCGGGCCGGAGGGACACCCCAUCGCGGGGGCUUCUGCCCCCCGGUGCGACGCCCGCGGAGAGUACGCACCGUUACAGUGCCACGGUUCCACAGGCCACUGCUGGUGCGUGGACAUCUGGGGACACGAGCGCGAGGGGACCAGGUCAUUACCCGGUACCCCGGCGACAGACUGCGAUAAACCAGAUGAGCCCGAGCGACCCAAGACCCACUGCCAACACCACCGAGACGGGGUCCAGACCACCAGCCCAGAGGGGUACCCCCUCGUUGGAGCUUUUGUUCCAGAGUGUGACGAACAUGGACAAUACAAACCACUCCAGUGCCACGGUUCCACCGGCCAUUGCUGGUGUGUUGACAACGGCGGGCAAGAGAGGCAAGGAACUCGGACAUCAGCCGGUACGCCCAACACAGACUGCAGCAGACCAGAUGAGCCUGAGCGACCCAAGACCCACUGCCAACACCACCGAGACGGGGUCCAGACCACCAGCCCAGAGGGGUACCCCCUCGUUGGAGCUUUUGUUCCAGAGUGUGACGAACAUGGACAAUACAAACCACUCCAGUGCCACGGUUCCACCGGCCAUUGCUGGUGUGUUGACAACGGCGGGCAAGAGAGGCAAGGAACUCGGACAUCAGCCGGUACACCCAACACAGACUGCAGCAGACCAGAUGAGCCCGAGCGACCCAAGACCCACUGCCAACACCACCGAGACGGGGUCCAGACCACCAGCCCAGAGGGGUACCCCCUCGUUGGAGCUUUUGUUCCAGAGUGUGACGAACAUGGACAAUACAAACCACUCCAGUGCCACGGUUCCACCGGCCAUUGCUGGUGUGUUGACAACGGCGGGCAAGAGAGGCAAGGAACUCGGACAUCAGCCGGUACACCCAACACAGACUGCAGCAGACCAGAUGAGCCAGAGCUUCCGAAGACCCGCUGUGAGCGCCACAGAGACAGCGUGGUGACCACCAGUCCAGAGGGCUAUCCCAUCACUGGAGCUUUUGUGCCAGAGUGUGUGGAACACGGACAAUACAGACCACUACAGUGUCAUGGCUCAACUGGGUAUUGCUGGUGUGUGGACGGCAAGGGACAGGAAAGAGGGGGAACCAGGAGUCCACCUGGUACACCAACUGUAGACUGCAACAAACCAGAUGAGCCGGAGCGUCCCAAGACCCACUGCCAACACCACCGAGACGGGGUCCAGACCACCAGCCCAGAGGGGUACCCCCUGCUUGGAGCUUUUGUUCCAGAGUGUGACGCAUACGGACAAUACAAACCACUACAGUGCCACGGCUCUACCGGUCAUUGCUGGUGUGUGGACGAUAGGGGGCAGGAGAGAGUGGGAACCAGGACCCCAGCUGGUACACCGACCAUCGACUGUGACAAACCAGUGGAACCCGAGCUUCCUAAAACCCACUGCCAGCACCACAGAGACAGCGUCCAGACCACCAGUCCUGAAGGAUAUCCUAUCCUGGGUGCUUUUGUACCACAGUGUGAUGCUAAUGGACAAUACGUACCACUACAGUGCCACGGUUCUACCGGCCACUGCUGGUGUGUGGACAAUGCUGGUCAGGAGAGAGCAAGGUCCAGGACUCCACCUGGUACACCGCCAAAAGACUGCGACAAACCUGAUGAACCCGAGCGUCCAAAGACCCACUGUGAGCAACAUCGGUACAGCACCACUCGCGAGGGACCUGCUCCUGGAGCUUUUGUUCCUGAUUGUGACGAAGAUGGACAGUACAGACCCCAACAGUGCCACGGCUCCACUGGUCAUUGCUGGUGUGUGGACAAUAGGGGGCAGGAGAGGGCGGGAACCAGGACGCCAGCUGGUACACCGAAGAAAGAUUGCAAUAAACCAGACCACGAAGCGCCCCGCCCGGAGAGUGUGUGUGAGCGCUGGAGGGCCAGCCUUGUGGAGCACUACGGAGGCACACCAGAACCACAGCACUACCUGCCCCAGUGCGACGCACACGGGAACUUCAGUCCAGUCCAGUGUUAUGGGGACACAAGCUAUUGUUGGUGCGUGGACCAGGAUGGACGAGAAAUUGAGGGAACGCGCUCACACAACGUUGUCAAGCCUGCAUGUCUCUCCACAGUGGCCCCGCCCACCAUGCGGCCAUUGCCCCGCCCCGACGUGACUCCGCCCCCCUCUGACAUCACGCUGCUCUACGCCCAGGGUCAGCAGAUCGGAGCCCUGCCGCUCAACGGCACCCGGCUGGACCCGACACGGGCCAAGACCCUCCUGGCCCUCCAUGGAUCGAUAGUGGUGGGCGUGGCCUACGACUGUCAGGAGAACAAGGUGUACUGGUCCGAUCUGUCUGGGAGGACCAUCAGCAGAGCUUCACUGACGCACGGGGCGGAGCCAGAGGUCCUCAUCAACACAGACCUGGCCAGCCCCGAGGGCCUGGCGGUGGACCCGUCCCGCCGGCUGAUGUUCUGGGUGGACUCGGCGCCGGACAAGAUCGAGCGGGCCAACCUGGACGGCAGCGGGCGCCGCACGCUCUUCCACCGCGACCUGGUGAACCCCCGCGCCAUCAUAGUGGUCCCUUCCACCGGGACGUUGUACUGGACCGACUGGAACCGCGAGGCCCCUAAGAUCGAGUGCUCCACCGUGGACGGAGACAACAGGAAGGUGGUGGUCUCCGAGGGCAUCGGCCUGCCCAACGCGCUGACCUACGACACCGAGGCCAGGCAGAUCUGCUGGGCCGACGCAGGCACUAAGAAGCUGGAGUGUGUGUCUCCGGACGGGUCUGGUCGAAGGGUGAUCCACCCUAACCACUACCCCUUCAGCAUGGUCUACUACAGGAACCACUUCUACUACUCCGACUGGAGGAGGGACGGUGUGAUUGCGGUGAACAAAGACACCAGUGAGUUCACCGACGAGUUCCUGCCUGACCAGCGCUCGCACCUCUACGGCCUCACCAUAGCAACAACCAACUGUCUAUCAGGGAGCCAUUAACCUUGGGUCGACCGAGCCGUCAGCAGGGUCCUCUGGUGCUAUUCAUAUGUCGGGCUCUCCUCCGGGGGGGGACGAGAGAGGGCACAUCGCUAUCCUCUCAGAAAGAGAAGACCACCGUCCCCGUAAACUCUCUCCCCACUCCCUUAUCCUCCAUCCAAAUAUGAAACCUUUUUGUGUCGCCCUUCACUCGCCGUUCUGUGUUUUGUAAAUUUGUGUUAUACCUCAUUUUAUCAACUUGUUUGUUGCUACUGGUUGUUUUUUUAUUCCGUACCAUUUGAUGCCAAUGAACCAUGACAUGAGUGGAGCUUUAAAGGUGUAAAAUGUAUGUGACUUGUGUUUUUUAGUUUUUUCAAAUCUCUUUAAAGCCAAAGAACAAAGACAAGAGAGAGCAUGUCCUUUACAAUGUGAUAUCCGAUAUCAUUUGCCGACAGCGUCAGUCGGUUAGCUCGGUCGGUUAGCUAGGUCACGUAGUCAAACAUCUUGUUUGGCGGUUUGCCAGUCGGGAUUCAAAAUAAUAAAGACAUGUAUGAGUGGAAGAGACUCUUACUGGUUAGCUAUACAUGCUCAGAAGGCUGGUAUAACUGAACCACUUACCCGGGCCUAACGGGUUUAGGGUUAGCUAACCGCCACGUGCUACCGCCCAGACCGAUGAGAAUCAACCCAAGUGUUCCCCGCCCAUCAGGUCACUGUGAUCAGCACAACAUCCUAUUUCUCUGUACUGCUACUCCCUAUUGUUCUACACGUGAGGAUGUGACUUGUUAUUCUACUUUUAUAACUACUUUUUAAAAAUCUUUCUAUCUUUUUUAUAAGAUGUGAUAUUUAUAACAAAUAAAAAUGUGAUUCUGGAUUGGA